UUGGCCAAAGUUAGCCAUUCCACAGAGGAAGGUUAAGUCUCUUAUCCAGUGGAUAAACAUGGCUGCUAGGUUGUUGUUUGAUGUGAAUUUCGGCAGACGACAAAGGAAACAAAGAGUUUAUAGACAUUUUCAUUUUGAAUUUGAUGCUGAUGAGUAUCAACAAAGAUACAGGUUUUCUCAAGAAACAGUUCAAUAUUUAGCAAAUUUAUUAAAACCCAAGUUAUGUCGCCCAACUAUGAGAUCACAGUCCCUUGUAGCGAUAAGGCAAGUAGAAAUGGCUUUGCGAUAUUAUGCAACGGGUGACAACAUGAAAACUAUAGGAGAUACGAUGGGAUUCCAUGUCUCCAGCGUCUGUAGGAGUGUUCGAGAUGUAUCUCAGGCUCUCGUUGACAUUGCAGAGGAUUAUAUCAUGUGGCCCACUUCUGCUGAUGAAAUUAACAAUAUCAAAAGGGGUUUCUACAGCAUAGCAAAAUUUCCUGGAGUCAUUGGUGCGGUGGAUGGCACACAUGUAAGGAUUAUUGGACCAUCAUUGCAUGAGAAUGUAUACGUAAAUAGAGAAGGAUAUAAUUCUCUUAAUGUACAGGGAAUCUGUGAUCAUCAAGGACGUUUCAUCAAUGUAGUGGCUAAAUGGCCAGGCUCGAAUCAUGAUUCCUUCAUUUUUCGUGAAUCUGAUGUUGGGGCCUUUUUGGAAACUUACCACAGAGGUAUUGACAGGGAUGGAGUUUUACUUGGAGACGGUGGUUAUGCUUGCACAAGAUACCUUUUGAUUCCAUAUUUGCGUCCAAAUUCCGAGUAA